AUGGGGGUGACGCCGCCCAACUGCAGCCUCGGCGCGGCCCUCAGCCCGCCGCCCGGAGCGGGGCCGGGCGAGCGCGGCUGCGAGAACGGGGCCCUGAUGGACAGCUUCGGCAUCUUCCUGCAGGGGCUCCUGGGCGUCCUGGCCUUCAGCAUCCUCAUGCUAAAACGAUUAAGAGAACCAAAGCAUGAAAGACGUCCUUGGAGGAUAUGGUUUUUAGAUACUUCCAAGCAAGCCAUAGGGAUGUUGUUCAUCCAUUUUGCAAACGUCUACUUAUCAGACCUUACUGAAGAAGACCCUUGUUCACUGUACCUUAUCAACUUCUUGUUAGAUGCCACAUUAGGAAUGCUGUUAAUCUAUGCAGGUAUACGUGCAGUCAGCACCAUUGUGGAAUGGCAGCAGUGGGAGUCCCUGCGCUUUGGUGAAUAUGGUGACCCACUGCAGUGCAGUGCUUGGAUGGGUCAGUGUGCUCUGUACAUAAUGAUUAUGACAUUUGAGAAGACCAUCAUCAUUAUAGUGCUUCUGAUACCUCAGUGGAAGGAGGUAGCUUUAUUGAAUCCUAUAGAGAACCCCCAGUUGGAGCUGGCUAUCGUCAUGUUGAUAGUUCCCUUCUUUGUUAAUGCAUUUAUCUUCUGGGUUGUAGAUAAUUUUCUUAUGAAGAAAGGGAAGACAAAAGCUAAACUUGAAGAAAAAGAAGCAGGACAAGAUUCAAGAAAUGGAAGUAAAGUCCGCUACAGGAGAGCAGCAUCACACGAAGAGUCAGAGUCAGAAAUCCUCAUCUCAGCAGACGAUGAGAUGGAGGAAUCGGACGUGGAGGAGGAUCUGCGUAGACUGACCAACCUGAAGCCCGUUAAGAAGAAGAAGCAUCGUUUUGGUCUGCCAGUAUGAUGCAUGCCCUGACCUGUGUCAGCGGGUUUCACGGCAAGAACUUCUCAGUCAGUGGGUUUUAAUGUUGCAGUUGCUUCUCACUUUCAUACAAACUGACUCCAAAGCAAGGUCUGUCAACACGAUGCAGUCAGUUGGAAGACUUGCAGUUCAGUUGCACUACAGACACACUGACCAAUUAUGCAAGAAUGUCUUUUCAUCCUAUGUGAAAGCAGCAUUGUUAAGGAGGAGUCACUGAGGUGAUUGUAUCUGACAUUUCAGAGAAGAUAGAGAAAACAACUGCAGUAACCUUUCCUUUGUGGUUACUGAAUGAUGCAGUAUAAGAUGUUCUCUAAAAGGCAUCCAAAUUGAAUAAGUUAGAGUGUGUUUUAUUACUAAAACUGGCUUUUGCAGCAUAAUUCCUAGAGCAGAAUAGUUUAUGGCUACAAGCUGUAACUUGAUGUUAUUUUUUUAAGUACAAAUGUUUACUUGCUACCAGGUACCUAUGGAACUAAUAGGUGGAACAAAGAUUUUUUCCAAGAUUCCUCAAAUCUAUUUGACUAUUUUAUAUUUAAGUUAUAUUUUCAUACGGUUGUAUUUAAAGAUUCUCUUUGUCAGAGAAAAGGGUGUUGUUCCCUUUUUUUGUGCAGAAAAGGUCAAAAGAUUUGUAGUGAAAAUCAUUUUAUCCUUGUGUCCUGGUUUCAGACAAAGGGGUUGCAAAGGGAAAAGCUCUCUGUCACUGCUGAAAUCACCAAACAUCAGUAAAAAUGCAGUCCUCAGCGUGAUUUCGACCACGUGAUUUGGGAAUACCUUUGUUUAAUGAGAGGUGUUGUUUGCAUAUUUGACAAAUGUGCACUUUAGCGUGUAACAGAAAUCUGUCGUGGUAGGUUACUUCUUUGUGGAAUGAGUAUCUAUGGAUGAAUUUAUUUCCAUUUCUGAAAGUCUGUUGUAUGAAUCUCUCAUGCAAUGCAAGAGGGAUGGAACCUUCCUGAGGCUUUUCCUUGCAUAGCACCAUCCAGGGCCUUGAUCUGAUUGGAGGACUUGUGCUACAAUAUUGUGAAUAAUUCUGUCCCAUGCUUAUUUUUGUUGAAAAAGCAUUGUUCUACGUCAUGUGCUUAAAAAAUUGGUUUCUUCUGUUUGAUUUCCUGUCAGCCUGGUUAUCCUUUUGUGUGUAAAAGAAGAGAGGUGUAGUACAGUCACUGCAGAACUUCUACAGUUCUCAGCAUAUGUCUUCUAGCAAUUGACAACGUGUGCUGCUCUAAAACCCUGCAGACAUUGUCAGGGACAUCUUUUGCUUUGCCUACGUUCUAAAUGAUUGCUUCUGACAGCUUUCCUUGCUGAGCUGAACCUUGUGCAGGACAAGGCGGUGUGUCAGAGGAGUGACAGCAGAGACUAAUUGCAAGUCUGUUUUAGUGUUUGGACAUCAGAAGUGUUCCAAGCCUUAAACCAAACAGUUUCAUCAGAAAACUGCUCAGAACUUUGUAAGAUUUUUUACAUUUUUUAUGAAUUUACUAGGUCUUAAAAUGAUGUAUUAUCCAGACCACCUCCGUGUGGUUCUCGGGCCUUAGUAAAUACUGAACUGUGCACUCCCUUCCUUCUCACUGUUCCAGCUUUCCUUUUUCCUGCUCGGCUGCUGAGGUGAUCACAGCUCUCUGAGACUUCAGGGAGCACCUUGGCAUGACUCAAAGGGACAUUGUACCAAACCUGACGUUUGCAAGUUUAGUUGAGCCACUGACCUCUGUUACUGUGCACUGAAAUGUAAUAACUGCAAUAAGUUUAAAUACUAGUGUUUCUUUUAGACUAAAUCUAGAAGCUAAUGACAAUGGAAGCUCAAUUGAGUUUUUCUGAAGUGGAGGAUAGGGAAAUGGGAAAACGUCCCUCAUCAGGGUUGCCUCUGUUUCCGUUUUUUGUUUUGUUGUUCGUUGAUUUCAUUGACUCGCAUCUUCUGAUUGUUGUUGGUUGGGCAGGCUCAUGUCUCCAGAAGCACAGUACUUCAAGGAAUUCAUUUGCAUCAGCAGAGCAGCCUCGUACAGCUCGCUGUAAUAAAGGGAGUUGGGAGAUGGGGCUGGCUCUCGUCGUAGAUGUGUUUAUAUUUUCAGCAUAGGCUUUGUUCAGUUUCACAUGGUGAAAUAGAAGUAUGUCACACGUGCUGCACACCACUGCACAGUCAUUACUGUCCUCAUCAACUGAGCAGCGCAUACAAAUUCAACUGUACAAGCUUUCAUUUUAUCUUCCUUUUCCCUCCUCUAAUUACUUAAGUUAUUGAAAUGAUAUCUAUUUCUAGUCUCAUGUUUAGUCUGUGAAAUGUCAGUGUGAAAUUAUGGCCUUAAUCAUGUAAAAUGCUUGUUUUGAGCAGACCUCAAACUCACUGACCAAGUACAAAAGGAUAAUUAGCACUGCGGAGCAGUUUCUUGAGGGUGGUUUUAGCGAGGGCUACAGAUGCCUAACUUUUCAUGUCCUAAGUGCUUAAAUGUCGCUUGGUUUGAGAUUCCGAUAUGCCUAGCAAGAGGAAACAGUAAAGCACUAUGAGCCAAAGAGACAGAAGUCAAGCAUUGUAAGGCAGUAAUGGAAGGAGGGGUGUGUCUUCAGAGGGAGAAAAACAGCUCUAACUUUCUCUGCUAAGACAGGGUUCUUGUUCACAACCUUGGCCGAAUCCCCAAGCCUGGAUUUCUGCUGGUUGUUUCACAUUAUCACGUGAGAAAGAAACAAAAAAUGUACAACUGGCAGUUCUCCUCUUCGGGAGAUGAAAGUCAGAGUUGUAGUUGUAGGUAUGAGAUGGCGUGCUCCUGUGCAGGGGGAGGAUUUGCCCAGCGCUGCACUGCAUCGUGCUGCUCAUUGGCAUGGACUGCAGGCCAGCUGCAGUGAGCGUUUCAUCAAGAGUUGAUCCAAUCAUCAUAAUAUCACAUGAUGGCAGCACUUGUGUUUGUCCUCAGAUUGGCACUCUGAGUUCACUCCUGGUAAAUGCAGUUCAUGAUAGCUCAUAGUGAAGUUCAGUUCAGGCUGUGCUUGAAAACAUGUGAUUGUUUAAUGAAAAUAAGCUGCGUACUAUAUGCCAAAGUAAGAAAAGGGAUUGUAACUUACCGAGAAAGUGGUAUUGGUGGAGAUGAGAUUUACCAGUGUAGGUCAGCCUGGAUGUAGUAACUGUUCCUGGUUCUGACCUGCGACACAUCCGCACGGAUUUGUAACGCCGGUGUUGUCUACUACUUGGUUUUCAAUUUCUGGCUUUAACACAUUCAGGUCCCCUUAUCUUACUUUCAGUAGGAGAACGCUGUAUGUUCAUGUUGCUCACUAAAAUGUACUUUUAGCUUUUCUUCAGGGAAAACUCAGAAAUUGAGUUGCAAAUUAGAGCAAUGCAAAGUGAUCCCUGCCCGCAGGUGCCGGCUGUGGUGCCAGGGGAGCAAGGAGAGGCUCUGAGGGAGCCGAGCAUCACAAGGGAUCUCUGCCACUGUGCUUGACCGACCCACGUUUGCAACUUUGCUGUGCUUUUGCAGGAGAAAGCGGUAAUGGAAGAGAAUAAAUUCAGCCACAUCAAGUCAAAGUAGGUCUUACAGCAUCGGGGUGCAAACUUUUUGUGUAUUUAAAGUUUCCAGUUCAAUUACUGAAAAUAACUACUAUAGUUUUACAAAGUAAAACUGCAGUAUCUUUAAAAAAGGGACUCUUUUGUAGGUGUUUCUGUCUUUGCGUGAGUAUCUGCCUCAAACUGAAUGUUGGGUUUGUUUGUAAGUAAAGUCAGAGCAGAGCCUGCGUGAGCAAAACAGACAGCUGUAUUCUGCUGCCCUCUGUCUGGACCACAUUGUUAAUCAGUAGUGUUACCUUAAACUUCUAAGGGUAUCUUAUGUAAUUGCAUUGUAUAACAGUUUACAAUAAAGUUGACUUAUUACUGAUUUGUA